GUGAGUUGUCAUGGACUUUGUGCUGUUUUCUCGGAAACUGAAAUAGUAUCCCCUCGUUUCAGUGUUUUGACACGGAUCGUCGCUUGAAUAUCGAAUGAGUUUAGUACAGUUUAACUGACGAUCGUCAUGGAUCCUCUCUUUAAGAAUCUCAAGAAACAAGUUACUUGCUCGAUUUGUCUCGAUACCUACACCGAACCCAAAACCAUAUCAUGUCUUCACACAUUUUGUUGUGAGUGUUUAGAGAGACAUGCAAGAGUGAGCCAGAGACAAGGGAAAUUCAGAUGCCCCGAGUGCCAGGCAGAAAUCGAUUUACCAGAAGGAAAUCGCUUCGACCGUUUGCCUAACAGCUUUUUCCACAAAAGUCUGUUAGGUGUCAUUGAGGCAGAAGAUCGCCAAGCCAUUCCGAGGCAGCAACAGGGCACUUGCUCGCAGCAUACGGAAGAAAGAGUACGUUAUUACUGCUCCUCGUGUGAGGUGUAUGUUUGUCCGAUUUGCGUCACCGAAGACCACAGAGGCCAUGCGUUUGACGUGCUUGAAAAAGCAGUGCAAGAGGGAAAGAAAAGCAUAAUGUCUGCUGUCGAGACCAUCAAGGAAAAGGCAACUUUGUUUGGAGCAGAGCUAAGAAAAUUAGAGGAAACUUCAGAGGAUGUGGAAAUGAUUAUCGCGAUCGCUAAACAAGAAGUGUCGGAGGCAACUGAACACGUGAUCACAAAGACGCGACAACAAGAAAAACAGCUUUUAGAGUCCUUAGAAAUGACGCGUAGGAAGAGAAUAGAGCGAAUCAACUCGGCUAAACAAGAACUGGAAUCUCUAAUAAAAAUAAUAAACCGAGCAGCUGAAUUUGCGGAGAAUCUGGUGCAGAGAAGAUCAAAUCGGGAUAUCAUACAGAACAAAAAUAAAUUAAGGCAGAAACUUGAAGAGCUUCGUGGAGUUGAAGUUCCAAAACAUCGCCAGGCUACAUUUGUCAAAUUUAUCGCCGCAUCGCAACACAACUUUAAACUGGGUUCUAUUCAAGUCUCCGAAAAGCCGGAAAUCGCAGUGAAAUCAACUCUAGAAGGAGUGGAUCAAACGUUUCAGGUUGGUGCAGAAGCAAAGUUUAAUGGCGAUAAACAACCGACCUGUCCCUUAACUGUGCAGGUAAAAGAACGUAAACCUGUUGUGGUCAGUGAGUUGAAGUUAAGGCUCUUUCCAGGGGACACGCUUGAACGGUUAAAUGGAAUUGCUGUGAAUACAGAAGGCCAGUUAGUUGUGACAGAUAACUCAGGCCACUGCGUUUAUGUUUUUGAUAAAAAUGGCGACUGUUUGAGAAAAACUGGAGGCAAGGGUAGCAAUACAGGAGAAUUUCAGUACCCUAAUGGCAUUUCGUUUCUAAAUGACAACGAAGUCCUGAUUGCGGACUCAGGCAAUUACAGAUUACAAAGACUUAACAUUCAGACAGGAACUGUUGUGAAAAGUUACGGAAAAAAAGGCCGAAAAAAAGGAGAGUUUAGCUGGCCAGUAGACGUUACUGUGGAUGAUGAAGAACGCAUUGUUGUAACCGAGAGGGACAAUAAUAGGAUACAGGUGAUGUCAAAGGAAGGAGAGUCUAUUUUCACAUUUGGAGACCAAGGCCCAGAGAAACUUUUAUGGCCAACCUGCUGCAUUCCUUACAAAAACAUGUUUCUCGUAACUGAUGCAGGCCACCACUGCAUAAAAGCUUUUGAUCAGUCAGGAACAUUUUUAUACAAGUUUGGCAAAGAAGGGUUUCAAGAUGGAAAAUUUCAAACGCUGUAUGAUUUGCUUGUAGACAGCUCCAAUAAUCUUUUAGUAUGUGACUUUGGCAAUAACCAGGUUCAGCAGUUUUCUUUAGAUGGUCGCUUCACCGGCAAAAGUAUCACUCAUUUAUCUAAGCCUGUGGCGAUAACAAAAGCACCUUGAGCCUUACCUGUGUUUUGUUUUAUUUUUAAUGUUGUUUUAUCACUGGAAGAACUGAUAGCGAUUAUAUCAAGACUCACAAUUACUCUUAGAGACCAAAACCUUUAGACCCGAAGUAAUUAGCCCAGGUCUUUCAAGUUCGUCAGUUUCAAGCCGUUUUAAUCUUCUCCAUCCCUCACCACUUAGCCAUCCAUAUUUCUUCUCGGUUUAUUAAUAUCCUCUUUAAUUUUUUUUUCUCCGAUCUAAAGUUUUUCUUUAAGUUCGAAGAAUUUCUGCGCAUUGUCAGUAGCAAUUUGAAUAAUUUAGAGCAAGAACUUUAAGGGUAGUAGAAAAACUACAUGCUGUAUAGAAACAUUUAACAAGUUUGACUUUUUUUAUAGGCUGAGAAUAUAUAGGUGGAAAACGUUAAGACCAUGUGCUGCUUUUUAUAACCAUUGAUUGUUUAGAAUAGAUUUAUUAAGUGUUUUUCAAUCUAAGAAAAUACAUUGUUAAUUAAGCUUUAAUUCAAGAACAAUUUAUGAUUGCAUAAUUUCACAUGCAUAAGUGUUUAACAAGCACAAGAAGUAAGGUGACAACUGUUUUUAAAAAUGGACAUCUACUGGGUAAUUACGUCAUAAUUAGAGGUGUUUAAUGAUUUUCUAACUAAACUGAAGUGUUAGCUCUAAGCUGUUUUGAAAAAAAUAGUCUUAGGUUUUGUCCCACAUAACGAGGCGAGACAA